AUGGAACAACCAGACCUACGACCAGGUGACGUGGGAGCUGGAGGAGGACGUUCAGCAGGAGCAAAGCAAGAUCAUUAUUUUCCGACGCAACGAAACGCCUCCAGAUAUCAAGAGCAUCGUUUCGGUCUCUACGUGGGCGGUCUGAGGAAACCUGACAUGUGUAGGGAUAAACGGCCUCCACCGGAGAGCUACCGCCAAUACAAGGAUAGCAUGCCUCUGAAGAACGGUGUGGUUCUCCGAGAGUACCAAAUCGAAGGUGUGAAUUGGCUGAUCUUCUCGUGGUAUCAGCGUCGCAACUGCAUCCUGGCCGAUGAGAUGGGACUGGGGAAAACCUUGCAGUCGAUCGCGCUGCUGAACCACUUCUACACAGUGGAGCAUAUCCGAGGUCCGUUCCUGGUGCUGGCGCCGCUCUCUACGCUGGGUCACUGGAAGCGAGAAAUCGAGAACAGCACGGACUUGAACGUGGUGUUUUAUCACUCUCCGCAUGGCGGUAUUGAAUCGAGAGAGCGAAUCCGAGCCUAUGAGUUCUACUAUCCGGGGUACGAGAACUCGGGAGUGUACAAGUUUAACGUGCUGCUCACGACCUACAACAUUCUCAUGUCCGAUCUGGAGGUGCUGCAGGAUAUUCACUGGAAAUAUCUGAUCAUCGACGAGGCGCAGCGCGCGAAGAGCCAGAGCACGAAGUUGUUCUCGGCCCUGAAGCAGAUCCGUGCAGACGCGAAGCUGCUUCUGACGGGAACGCCGCUCCAGAACAACAUGAGCGAGUUGUGGUCUUUGCUGAACUUCAUCGAGCCGACUACCUUUUCAUCGGAGAUGGAUUUCAUCAACCGUUAUGGCAAUCUAACCUACGCAAACCAGGUCGCCUCUCUGCAUCAGCUGCUCCGUCCCUACUUUUUGCGUCGCGUGAAAUCGGAUGUGGAGAAGAACAUUCCUCCCAAGACGGAAACGGUAAUCGAUGUGGAGCUAACCAUGCUCCAGAAGAAGUACUACCGCGCCAUCUAUGACCGCAACCGAGCCUAUCUGGAGUAUGAGGGCAGCAGCAUGGCGCAGCUAGUUAGCAUUGUGACGGAGCUGCGAAAGUGCUGCAACCAUCCGUUUAUGAUUCGAGGCGUGGUGGCCAAAGAGACUCACGACGAUCGGUUUCUCUAUCAGAAGCUGCUGGUGCAGGCGAGCGGCAAGUUCGUGCUGCUGUCCAAGCUGCUGCCCGAGCUGCACCAGGAGCACCACCAGGUGCUGAUUUUUUCGCAGUUUAUCACCACGCUGGAUCUGCUGGAGGACUUGCUGGCGCUCCUGGAGUUUUCGUUUGACCGGCUGGACGGGAGCGUUCGGGGCGAUCUGCGUCAGCAGAAGAUCGACCGGUUCAACUCGGGGAAGGUCUUUGCGUUUCUGCUGUCCACGAAGGCGGGAGGCUUGGGGCUGAACCUAACGGCUGCGGACACCGUGAUCAUUUUCGAUAACGACUGGAACCCGCAGAACGACGUGCAGGCCGAGGCCCGCGCGCACCGCAUCGGGCAGCAGAAGCCCGUGCAGGUGUUCCGUUUGGUGACGAAAGGAACGUACGAAGAAGACCUGUUCAGCCGAGCGAGCAAGAAGCUGGGCCUCUCUCAGGCCGUGUUUGAAUCAGGAGGCAUCCAGUCCCACUUCCGCGGCCCCACGCUGGACAACACGAGCAGUCUGCUCGACAUGGAUGUGAAGAAAAUCGAGCAGCUGCUGAAGUUUGGUGCCUACGCGUUCGCCGAUACUGUGGACACGGAGAACCAGAUCAACACGCUGGACUUCAAGGAGUUCAUGAAGCGGAACAGCCGAACGUAUGUGAUUAAGGACACGCCGAAUGGGGAGGAGUCGACGCAGAUCGAAGGUCCGCCGGAGGAGGAUAGCGCGAGGAAGCUGCGAUUCAACCAGGCCUACUUCGUGCCUCGAAACAACAAAGAGAUCGAUUUCAAGGACCCCCAGUUCUGGGACAAGGUGUUGGGUCCUCGGAUGGGUGAGCGAUUGUUCCGGAACUUGGAGCACAUUCUGCAGAGCCACGAUUUGGGGGAGAUCCGCGACUAUUUGAUCGAUUUGAACACGCUGUUAGUGGACGUGAUCAAGAAGAAGAUGGGCGGCAACACCCACCACGACUACUCGAAUCUGAUGAAUCUGCUGCACACGCUGGCCGAGAGCAAAUUCUUUUUCGGCGAUGUGAACAUCAGCGAGCUGGCGGUGAAGUGGAAGGAAGUGGUGGAGAUGAAGGGUCGCCAGCUCCGUCGGAAGAAGCUGGUCCAGGUUCCCUACACGGUGGACGGCUACACGGUGGAGCUGACGGACUUCGCGGACUCGGAGGCCAUGUCGCUCCGCCACAUCUACACCGACACGGAGAGCGAUUCGGUGAGUCGUCGCACCACCAAAUCGCGCGGAGCCAAGCGUUCCAGCGAGGCGGACAGCGAGAAGACCACCAAGCGUCGCCGCAAGCGCGCUGCCGCGCCGCCCGUGUCGGACGAAUCGCACUUGGCGGUGCGUCUGAACGUGCAGCAAGUGGACGGGCGCGCGGUGUACUCGUUCAGCGAGGUCGUGGACCAGACUCCUGUGGUGACGAAGACGCGAGGCCGCAAGCCGCGCGUCGCAGCGGAGGAGAAGGACUUCGCCCGGAAGGUGAAGAAGCCGCAGUUCGAGGUGUACUUCGACCUGAGCAGCGAGAUCAACAAGAUGAGCUACAACAUGUAUCGGGAGAAUUGGCAGAACUACCCCCACGAAAAGUGGUACUGCUGCGUGUGUUUCGGGGAUGACGACAUGCCGCAGAAUCCGAUGCUGCGGUGUGCGUGCUGCGGAUGCAUCGUGCACAAGUACUGCUAUGGAGUGGACCCGCUGCCGAGCAAUCCGAGCGAGUGGCUGUGCGACUACUGCCAGUACGUGAAGGACAACGGACUGACCUGGAAAGGACAGGAGCUGGCCUGCCCGCUGUGCUACUUCACCGGAGGGUGCUACAAGAAGACAGUGACGAACAGCUGGGUGCACGUGCUGUGCGCGGUGUGGGCGAGCGAGAUCCGCUUCGGCGAUGAACUCCACAUGCGCAACGUGAGCGGCAUCGAGAGCAUUCCCGACAACAUGCGGAAGUACAAGUGCUUCUUGUGCCACAAGACAGGUAGCUACGUGCUGACGUGCAUGCACCCGGUGUGCUCGAAGCACUUCCACCCGGUGUGCGGAAGAAAGAGCGGGUUGCGGAUGGAGUGGGUGGCGAAUGAGGGGUUACAGGCGUUCUGCGACAAACAUGGGAAGAAGAAAAAGACACGAUCGGCGUCGACGAGUACUACUUCCCGUAGGACUCGGGUCAUCACGUCGGAUCGUGAGGAUAGUUAUCAGGACGGGGAAGAAUAG